CAACAAUAACUCUCGGCUGACAGCAAUAUAAAAACAACAUAAAUUAGGCUGAAAAGCAACUCUCUAUUCCCCCAUUCCACAGUAGCAGUGCUGCAGUGAGCGAGAUCCCUCGCCUCACCUGUCCUUUGCCAGAACUUCAAGUUUUUCGGUCAACAUGACGUCAUUUCCCGGCCACUCACCCGUCACCUAAACAAAAUAUCACUCUUUACCAUUAAAGUUGUUUUUAGGUGACUGUUAUGGUAGUUUUACCUAGCCGGGAUGUAUAAGAAUCAACUGCAAGAAUUGGCUCAGCGAAGCUGUUUCAACUUUCCAUCCUAUUCCUGUGUAAGAGAGGGACCUGACCACGCUCCUCGUUUUAAGGCAAAGGUUAAUUUCAAUGGUGAAAUCUUUGAGAGUCCGAGCUUUUGCUCUAAUUUGAGACAAGCAGAACAUGCAGCAGCCGAGGUUGCACUUAGAUUGCUUUCACAAAGAGGCCCAUCAAGGGCACUGACUGCAAGAGUUUUGGAUGAAACUGGAAUUUACAAAAAUUUACUUCAGGAGACCGCUCACCGGGCCGGGUUAAAACUUCCUGUUUAUACUGCCAUCCGUGCUGGACCAGCGUACGCUCCCGUAUUUACUUGCACAGUCGACCUCAAUGGAAUGACUUUUGCUGGAGAGCCGGCCAAAACCAAAAAGCAAGCUCAGAAAUGUGCUGCAAUGGCUGCCUGGUUUGCCUUGAAAAAAUUGGCGCAGCAAGAAUCUUGCUCUUCUGUCUCAGGCGUCAGAGUAAAGGACGAGCAAGAACAAGUAACUGUUGCUCGUUAUCUCGCUCGUUUAAAAUUACCUGAGACGAGAAAAUCAGCUCAGAAAGAGAGGUGCCAGGUAAAGCAAGAAUAUUCUCCAAUUAGGAGGGACGUGACUCAAUAUAACACCGGCUCAUCGUUCUAUGAAAUGCAGCAGCAUACAUUCAUGUAUCGAAAUUUCUUGCCUGAAGUGGCCAUUUAUCCUAGUUGUAAUCAACAAGUUUUUCAGCAGCAGAGACUCCAAUUUUUUCCAUUUACACCUUCUGUAUUCAGGCCAGAAACCAGUUUGUAUUCCUUUGUGGGGGCACGAGAACUUGCAUCGCUUAGCCCAGUUUUCUAUGUUUCAAAUGAUAUAGUGCCUCGUCCAAUUGGGAUUAAUUCACAAGUUACUAUAGAAGAGAUAAAAGAAAAUUCCCAGGGUGAAGAAGGUGAAGAAAUACAGGUUAUCAACGAGGCCAACUCGUGGAGGGCGAGUUCUCCAUCUAAUAUAUCCUUAGUGCCAACUGAAGCUCCCGACUAUUGCGAAUCCUUCAACAAUAAUCCCAGCUUCAGAAGGGAAGAGUUUCCACGUGAGAAAGGUGAAGUCGAGAAGGGAAGAUCCUUCCAUGACAUUAGAAACUCCGAUCAGCCAGAAGCCAGCCUAAAUGAAGAAUAUAAGCAAAUAUCAGCAGAAUUUACUCAUAAAAGGUCAAGAGAGAUGCUCCCAUUUGAAAUUGGGCAACAUUUAUCAUCUAGUGGUCGGCUCCCGUCCAAUGCAAUGGCUAGUUCUUUGAGCCCAACUAGAGUUCCCUUAGCACGUCCACCCCAUGCCACGUUGAGGGGAACUGCUGAUGAGGUGUUCUCGACCAGAUUCAUUCCAGGAGGAUCAGCCAUUUCCUCUCGAGCCUCAACACCAAGGAAUGCAGCUUAUCCGUCUCGACGUCUACCAUUGUUCAAUGGCAUGAAAAAUGUCAGGAAUACUUCACAUGCUGGUUCCAUGGUACCAGCGGUUCAGAUUCGAUCAGUCUUGCCCGUCUGUUCUGCUCCUCCAGCUAGACCAAAUCUGACUCCGGGCCAGGUGGAGAAAGCGGAAAAGGUUGAUAGAGAGGUUUCAGCAUCAAGUUCAGAAUUUUGUAGGCUCAAAAUAUGAUGUUUUAUGACCUUGAAACUUUGGUCAAUAUAAUUGUACCUGAAAAAAUAAUAGGAAAUAAAAUGAUAUAUAUAUCAGUUACCUUGAUUUCUUUCA